CGGUGCGCGGGUCAGUGGCGUGCAGCGCGCGCCGCGGACGCCCGCACCGCAGUGUCGAGCAGGAGCCCGCCAUGCCCGGCCCGCGCCUCUCCCGCGCCGCCUGACAGCAUGGCCCACCCGACCGCCACCAUCACACGCAGCCACGCUCUGACGACGGUUGGCGGCAGCGCAGGAGGCGGCGGGCGCGCAGGCUCGCGCGGCGCCAGCUGAUACCAUGGGCGGCGCGCACCAGCCCGCUACUCCGGGGCCCAGCUCGCUCUUUAUAUUUGCCGACGAAAAUCCUAUUCGGAGGUAUACAAAAUUCAUCAUCGAGUGGCCACCCUUCGAGUACGCGGUGCUGCUUACCAUCAUCGCCAACUGCGUGGUGCUGGCGCUGGAGGAGCAUUUGCCCAACGGCGAUAAGACCAUCUUAGCACAGAAUCUGGAAAAAACCGAGGCGUACUUUUUAGGAAUAUUUUGUGUAGAAGCCUCGUUAAAAAUAUUAGCAUUAGGUUUUGUUUUACACAGAGGAUCGUAUCUUAGGAACGUUUGGAACAUCAUGGAUUUUUUCGUUGUAAUCACUGGUAUCAUCACGCAGCUGCCGAUCGUGCCCGAAGUCGACUUCAGGACCUUGCGUGCCAUUAGGGUGCUGAGGCCCCUUAAAUUAGUAUCGGGCGUUCCUAGUCUGCAAGUGGUAUUGAAGUCCAUCAUCAAAGCGAUGGCCCCGCUGCUUCAGAUUGGCCUUUUGGUGCUUUUCGCGAUCGUCAUUUUCGCCAUUAUUGGCCUCGAGUUCUACUCAGGGGCGCUGCAUAAGACUUGUUAUACUUUAGAAGAUAUUAGUGAAAUAAUGAAUGAUGGUGAUAAUCCAACGCCAUGUAACGCGGACGACGAGAAUCUCGCGCCGUACGGGGCGAAUGUGUGCAAAUAUAACAAGAGCACAUGCCUCGAGAAGUGGGUAGGGCCGAAUCGAGGGAUCACGUCGUUCGAUAACAUCGGCUUCGCUAUGCUCACCGUCUUCCAGUGCAUCACCAUGGAGGGCUGGACCGCCAUCCUCUAUUGGACGAAUGACGCGUUAGGUAGUGCGUUCAACUGGAUUUACUUUGUGCCUCUCAUAGUAUUGGGUUCAUUCUUUAUGCUCAACUUAGUUCUCGGUGUCCUUAGCGGUGAGUUUUCUAAUGAGAGAGGACGGGUUGAACGACGAGCUCAAUUCCAGAAAGAGAGAGCUCAGCAGAUUUUCAACCAAGACUUCACGGCAUACCUCAACUGGAUUACAGAAGCAGAGGAAGUAAUAUUAGCUGAAGAAAGGACGACAGAAGAAGAAAAGAUGCACAUAAUAGAAGCACGAAGAAGAGCAGCAGCGAAGAAAAAGUUAAAAAAUCUUGGCAAGAGUAAAAGCACCGAUACAGAAGAGGAGGAACAGGAUGAAGACUGCGGAGAUGACGGUUUUCUAAAAAGCAAGUCACGAUCGGCUGGCAAAUGUGCGGACUUCUGGAGAGCGGAAAAGAGAUUUCGCUUUUGGAUCAGGCACACUGUGAAGACUCAGUGGUUCUAUUGGUUCGUCAUUGUCUUGGUGCUCUUCAACACUAUAUGCGUUGCUGUCGAGCAUUACAGACAACCUAAGUGGCUAACAUCAUUUUUAUACUAUGCUGAAUUUGUGUUCCUGUGUUUGUUCAUGAUGGAGAUGUGGGUGAAGAUGUACGCAUUGGGGCCGCGUAUAUAUUUUGAGUCCUCAUUCAACCGCUUUGACUGUGUGGUUAUAUCUGGCUCCAUCUUUGAAGUCGUCUGGUCAGAGGUUAAGGGCGGUUCCUUUGGUCUCUCUGUUCUUAGAGCCUUACGACUAUUAAGGAUAUUUAAGGUCACCAAAUACUGGUCUUCACUAAGAAAUCUGGUGAUAUCUCUCCUAAAUUCAAUGAGAUCCAUCAUUUCUCUGCUGUUCCUUCUGUUCUUGUUCAUCCUCAUAUUCGCCUUACUUGGUAUGCAGUUGUUUGGGGGACAGUUCAACUUCGAAGAUGGCACACCGCCAACUAAUUUCAACACCUUUCCUAUCGCGUUACUUACUGUCUUCCAGAUUCUAACAGGAGAAGAUUGGAACGAAGUGAUGUACGAUGGCAUCCAAUCUCAGGGCGGUAUACAGAGGGGCAUGAUCUACUCGCUAUACUUUGUCAUUCUCGUGUUGUUCGGGAACUAUACUCUACUGAACGUGUUCCUUGCCAUCGCUGUCGACAAUUUGGCUAAUGCCCAGGAGUUGACAGCGGCUGAAGAGGAACAAGAGGAGGAAGAUAAAGAAAAGCAGCUCCAAGAAUUGGAGAAAGAGAUGGGUGCGUUACACGCGGUGGACGGAACCCCACCGCGGGUAGACUUAAACCCUUCUUCGCCUGCGAGUAGGAAGAACAAAAAGAAAGAAGAGGCCAAAAAAGAAGACGAAGAGGAGAUACCAGAUGGACCAAAACCAAUGCUGCCAUAUUCGUCCAUGUUUAUUUUAUCACCUACGAAUCCAAUUAGGCGAGGUGCACACUGGGUUGUAAAUUUAAGAUAUUUUGAUUUUUUUAUUAUGAUAGUUAUAUGUAUGAGUUCUGCGGCUUUAGCAGCUGAAGACCCUGUAGUCGAAGAAAGUAGCAGGAACAAAAUCUUGAACUACUUCGACUACGCGUUUACGGGUGUAUUCACGGUGGAAAUGCUGCUGAAGAUCGUGGACUUGGGCAUCCUGUUCCACCCGGGCGCUUAUCUGCGCGACCUCUGGAAUAUCAUGGAUGCCGCUGUUGUAAUCUGCGCCCUCGUCAGCUUCGGUUUCGAGAUCGGAGGUGUCAGAAAAGGGGCGGGACAGAAUCUAUCCACAAUAAAAUCGUUAAGAGUGUUAAGAGUGCUCAGACCAUUAAAAACUAUAAAACGUGUUCCAAAGCUAAAAGCGGUGUUUGACUGUGUUGUGAACUCUUUGAAAAAUGUCAUCAACAUUCUCAUUGUGUAUAUAUUGUUUCAAUUCAUAUUCGCUGUAAUUGCAGUUCAACUUUUUAAUGGUAAAUUUUUUCACUGCAACGAUAUCAGUAAGAAUACUUAUGAAGACUGCCAAGGGUCGUAUUUCGUGUACGAGUCCAACAGCCUAUUGCCACACGUGAUGCCACGACAGUGGAAGACACAAAAUUUCCAUUACGACAAUGUGGCUGUCGCAAUGUUGACGCUGUUUGCGGUACAGACGGGGGAAGGGUGGCCACAAGUAUUACAGAAUUCAAUGGCCGCGACGUACGAAGACAGGGGACCCAUACAAAAUUUUCGAAUAGAAAUGUCCAUAUUUUAUAUCGUUUACUUUGUGGUGUUUCCUUUCUUCUUUGUUAACAUAUUCGUAGCUCUGAUAAUUAUCACAUUUCAAGAGCAGGGUGAAGCUGAAUUGCAAGAUGGUGAAAUUGAUAAAAAUCAGAAAUCAUGUAUAGACUUCACGAUAGAAGCACGUCCUCUAGAGAGGUAUAUGCCAAGCAAAAGGGCGAGUUUUAAGUACAAAGUGUGGAGAAUAGUCGUCUCUACGCCCUUCGAGUACUUCAUCAUGACCCUUAUCGUCCUCAACACAUUGUUGCUCAUGAUGAAGUACUAUAAUCAAAACGACCUCUACGCGGAUAUCCUCAAGUAUUCGAAUAUGGGUUUUACUGGAAUGUUUUCUGUGGAAACGGUGUUGAAAAUCAUCGCUUAUGGUGUCAAAAAUUUUUUCAAAGACCCAUGGAAUACAUUUGAUUUCAUAACGGUCAUUGGAAGUAUUAUUGACGCCCUCAUUAUGGAGUUUGGCGAGAACACUUUCAACGUUGGUUUCUUACGCCUGUUCCGAGCCGCGCGACUGAUCAAGCUGCUCAGGCAGGGCUACACCAUUCGAAUACUUCUCUGGACAUUCGUGCAGAGUUUCAAAGCCUUACCCUACGUGUGCCUUCUCAUCGCGAUGCUAUUCUUCAUCUACGCCAUCAUCGGGAUGCAGGUUUUCGGAAACAUCCAAUACGAUCCAGACAGUGCCGUCAACAGGCAUAACAACUUCCGAUCUUUCGUGGGGGCACUUUUGCUACUAUUUCGAUGCGCGACCGGAGAGUCUUGGCCCAAUAUCAUGUUGGCGUGCCUCAAGCCGGCCAAAUGUGACAAAGCCGCUGGAAAGCCAGCCAACGAAAUGUGCGGCAGCACCCUCGCCUAUGCCUACUUCGUAUCAUUUAUAUUCUUCUGUUCGUUCCUUAUGUUGAAUCUGUUCGUCGCCGUCAUUAUGGAUAACUUCGAUUAUCUGACGAGGGACUCGUCCAUCCUCGGAGCUCAUCACCUUGAUGAAUUUGUAAGAAUAUGGGCAGAAUAUGAUCCAAACGCAACAGGGAAGAUUCAUUAUACAGAAAUGUACGAUAUGUUGAAAAAUAUGGAUCCACCGCUGGGGUUUGGCAAUAAGUGUCCAAAUAGACUAGCGUUUAAAAAGUUAAUUAGAAUGAAUAUGCCCCUAGACGACGAGGGGAAAGUUAAUUUUACAACAACACUAUUUGCCUUAAUUCGGGAAAACCUGAACAUCAAGAUGAGAUCUGCCGAAGAAAUGGACCAAGCAGACGAGGAACUGAGGGAAACUAUUACCCACAUAUGGCCUCUCCAAGCGAAGAAGAUGUUAGACUUGCUGGUGCCUCGAAACGACGUACUCAAUACUGGAAAACUGACCGUCGGAAAGAUAUAUGCGGGUUUGCUUAUCUUGGAGAAUUGGAGAACGACAAGGUUUGGCCGGGAUAAACCACAAGGCGUUUCGGCAUUCAGCGAGAAUAGCCCUACGGCCAUUCAGCCGAAGGCGUCCUUCUUUAACUGCUUCCUGGACGUGGCGGCGGGGCUGGGCCCCGGCUCGCGCACCGGCUCGCUGAGUCACGAGCCGCCCGCCGGCGCAGUUGACGGCCACACUGAUGACCCACACAUGCUUACCAACUUCGCACGGCGCAAUACCAGAAGAUCAUUGAAGAACAGCAAAAAGGUAUCCGAACUGCAAGGUUCGCAACAUGCCUCAAUGGAAUCCUUGGACGAGGGUCGGUUACAACCUCACGUAUACCAGAACGGUCACCACGGAAGAUCGUCUAGUUUAAGACGGACACCGAGCCCAAGGAGACGGCAUUACGGAGGCUACCAUCAUGACAUCGGCUUCUCGGACACUGUCAGUAACGUCGUUGAAAUAGUCAAACACGAACAUCACAGACACGGGCGAACGCAUCGUGCGCCCCACCACUACCACCCACAUGCAGGGAAGGAGUGGAGGACGCCGCACCCUACGACCAGCCUGAGCCAGCCCUCGCGAUCGCCCAGCCCGCCACACCACACCUACGUUUGGGCACCGAUAGGUGGCGAGCGAGAGCGGGACCGAGACCGGGACCGAGAACGGGACCGCGAGUGGCGGGAGUGGCGAGACCGGUCGUGGGAGCGCGAGGGCGGUAGACGCGGCCGCGGCCGCCAACUGCCGCCUACACCUACCAAGCCGUCCACGCUGCAAGUGAAACAGCAACCGCCGUUCACCAGAAUCAGCCACAGCCCCUCGCACCUAUCGUUGAGGCAUACGGUGCGAGAACCCGUAGAGCCACUACACGACGAGUACGAGUAUGGCCGAGAAGUUGAAAGACUGAUACACCGAGAUUAUAGAUCUAGAGAAAGACGCGGCAGAGGCUACGAGUCGGAGCGCGGCGGCGCAGGCGGCGCGGGCGGCGUGGGCGGCGCGGGCGGCGCGGGCGGGCCGCGCGGGUACGAGGCGAGCGCGGGCGGCGGCGCGGCGGCGCCGCUGAGCUACGAGGCGGCGCUGGCGCUGGGCCGCGGCGGGGGCGCGCGCGCGCUGCCGUCGCCGGCGCCGGCGCCGCGGCUGCCCAACGGGUACAAGCCGCGCGCGCGCCACUCGGACUCGGACGAGGACGACUGGUGCUAGCGGCGCCGGCGCGCGCGCUCGCAGCGGGACGUGCGCGCGCCGGCGCCGCCCGCGCGCCCCCGCCCGCCCCCGCACACCUUCUGACGCGUCCGCGCGCCCCGGACGAUCUCGUUUUAU